GUACCGGUUCCAUUUUGCUCAUCCUUACUCAUCGCGAUUCUUGGGUGCCCCUUUCCUGCUUGUCUGAUUAUCGAAAGUGCGGUUGAAGGGGGAGACGAUGGCAAGAUGCUCAACCUCAAUCACCGUAGCUAAUGCCUGCGAUACCAAAAGCUUCACAGGUCUCCGGCAACUAGCGGAAAGUCGUCACUACAAGGCAUGGUUUCUGGAUCAGUUUGGGGUUCUUCAUGACGGAAAACAGCCUUAUCCUGGUGCUAUAUCUACAUUGAAAAAUCUGGCUGCUGGUGGGGCCAAGAUGAUCAUUAUUAGUAAUUCAUCAAGACGCGCUUCAACAACUUUGGAUAAACUGAAGAGUCUCGGGUUUGAUCCUUCUCUUUUUGCUGGAGCCAUCACUAGUGGAGAACUAACAUAUCAAUAUCUUCAAAGGAGAGAUGAUCCUUGGUUUCAAGCACUAGGAAAGGCCUGCAUUCAUAUGACAUGGAGUGACCGCGGUGCUAUAUCACUCGAGGGUCUAGGGCUGCAGGUUGUAGAGAACGUUGAACAGGCGGAGUUUAUUUUGGUCCAUGGUACCGAAGCGUUGGGGCUUUCUUCUGGUGACUCUGUUUCCAAGAAGCUUGAUGAGCUUGAGAAGAUUCUAGAACAAUGUGCAGCUAAAGGAAUACCUAUGGUCGUAGCGAAUCCUGACUUUGUGACUGUUGAGGCUAGAGAACUACGUAUCAUGCCUGGUACAUUAGCAGCUAGUUAUGAAAAGUUCGGUGGUGAAGUGAAAUGGAUGGGCAAACCGCAUCAAAUUAUAUAUAAAUCAGCCAUGAUUAUGGCGGGUGUUGAUGCAUCUGACUCGAUUGCUGUUGGGGACUCUUUACACCAUGACAUUAAGGGUGCAAAUGCAUCUGGGAUUGAAUCUGCAUUUAUCACUUGUGGGAUCCACUCAAGCGAACUUGGACUUGAAGAAUUUGGAGAAGUUGCUGACCUGUCAUCUGUGCAGGCUCUUGCGUUAAACUAUGACGCUUAUCCAUCAUAUGUUUUGCCUUCAUUUACAUGGUGAUCUCGAUACAGAUUUAGGUGCUUGGUUGGGCUGACCUGCAAACCGCUUUGUAGCCGCAGGAAACCAUGUAGAACAACCAUUGGAGGUCUAAGAUUGCAAGAAAUGGCUGCUAUUUGAUCAUCUAUUCUUUCGAGUGACAUUGGACUUUAGUAGUUGAUAACUUAAUAUACAUACAUGAUACAUAUGGGGAUGAGCUUCACUUUCCUCCAUUUAAAUGCAACAUAUGUAAACGCUAUAUAUUUGCUUUGUUGAUGAAAUAAAUGAUCUUUCAGAUAACAUGUUUCUUUAGCUAUAAUAAAUUAAGAAUUUUAAUUUG